UGGUAGCCUACUUCUAUAUCCCCAAGGACUAAAAUUGUUUCGGUAGAUGGCGCUAAUGUACUGAUCUAUGGUGCAUGCAUACCGCCAUAAAACCAACAGAAGAAUUUGCUUGUUUCCUUCAAACGACGAGCAGUUUCCUAUCUUAUAGUAAAUCAACUCUAAGUUUGCAAGAUACUGAAUCUCCAUUCAGUCUUAAACUCUGACCAUUCAAGUAAUGAGCGCCAGCAAGAGAGAGAAAAAACUCUAUAUGGUUGAAAUAUAAUUGACAUUGCUCAUUACAACCAAUAGUAAUGCAGCUUCUUCGCUUUGCUGUCCAAUCACAGUCGACUUUAUUCAAAUGUAAACAUUUGAGGCGCGCAAUGAUCGGAUCGGAUUGCGAUAUAGUUUAUAGCUUCUUAUGAAGACAAAUAACCUUAGUGCAUACAAAAUAAUGUUAGUAACACAAAUAGCUUCAACCCUGACGUGUAUAUGCAGUUCUUAGGCGAGUUUAUUGAGCAAAGUGUUAGCUGAAGUCGAGAUUUUAGUGUAGCAGUUUGCUUUUUUUGCUAGUCGUGUUCGCACGUUUUUGUUGUUGUUACACCGCUCGUUAGCUAACUAGCUAGCGACAAUGGUAGGUAAGCUUUAAUAAGUUAAGUAUUAGCUUUCAGGUUGCUUAUAUUUCUGCUGAAUUUAAAUUAGCACAUCGUUAUUUGAGGCACUCGACAAGGUAGUUAGUUGACGUUCGGAAAUUGCAUAGGUGAUACAUACGGUGGCACGGGAAGUUAGCGUUUGAGCAACCGGUUAUGGCGGAAUUCCUUGAAGACCCGUCAGUUCUCACGAAAGAGAAACUCAAAGGUGAGUUGCUGGCUAAUGAUGUCCCUCUCCCAAGUGGAGAACAGAAGAAAGAGGUGUACGUUCAAUUAUAUUUGAAGAACCUGACGGUCCUAAACAAGAAGACUCCUCCCCAAGACACUUUUUCUAGUGAUGAUGAACUGCCGACUCCCGUGGUCGCCAAUCGGACUCGGUCCUCGGGAAGGAAAGCUUCUAGAAAGACAGACAAGCCUCAAACAGAUGAGGUUGACAUUUCGGUCAUCUCUGAUGAAGAUCUGAAGGACCAGUUACUUAAACAUGGAAUUGAUGCAGGUCCCAUCGUAGCCUCAACCCGCAGACUGUAUGAGAAAAAGCUAGAGACAGUUCUAGAUGGAACUGCCAACGCCACAUCAGGUCCUCCAGAGCCUACCACCUUGAAGGCCGAUGGCGGUCAGAAUGGAAACACAAACUCUGUGCAGGAUCAUUACAGUGAUAAGGAGGAAGAGGAAUCCUCCCCACCAGAGCCGGAACCAGCCCCUGUUGUUAGCAAGCCGGCCAGGAGCCGGGGCAAAACUCCAGUUACAGUCAGGACCAGUAGCAGACGGCAAAAUAAGGUGGAGGAAAAGGCAUCAGCGGCAGAUGAGACGUCAGUGACUAAGGAAGAUGUUUUAGAGGAAAUGUUCCCUGGUCAGACUGCCACUCCCACAGGAAUCAGUGCCACUUGUCGAAGGCCAAUUCAUGGAGCAGCAGGACGGCCGGUGAAGCCCUUAAACCUCUGGAGAGAAGAACCCCUCCAGCAUCAUGUUACUUAUACAGAAACCAGCUCCAUCCUGCAGGCCCAUGCCGCCGUCGAAGCUCCCCCCUCUCAGGGCCCCUCCCGUGUGAGCCGCUGCCUCUCCCUGCUCCUGAGGCUGCUGGUUCUCCUCACCGUGAUCGCAGCCGUCUACUACGCCUAUCAGAACGUGGACAGUGAGCACAUCAACUACGUCCGCAGCCUGGUAGACAGCACCGGCAUCCCCGCCCUGCUCACUGGAGGCGAGAGUUCAGCAGACCAGGGCAGCGAAUGACUGCUGCCGGUACCUCACCCACUCAUGGGCUCCACCUCAAACUGCCCCUCAUGAUCUUAUUGACGGGUUGUCUCUCCCCAGCAGUCGGCUGUCUCCAGCUCACCUGAAUGGUAACAACAGUGAGUUGGUGAAGUCUUUGACAUAGUAGUUUUUAACCAUGUGUGCAGAUUUUCAUUUAACUUGGUUUGAAUUGUUUUCCUAGCUUUUUUUUUUUCUAAAACAGGUAAUUAUGCAUGGUUGGUCUAUGUAUUUGUGACUGUAAGUCAUGUCUUUAGCACUUCAGUGUAAUCUUCAAAAUAGAAAGCUGUUGAAGAUCACCUGUUUUGCAUGACCUUUGUUGUUAACUAAGGGCUUACACAUACAUUUGUUUUUAGUUUUUACAUAUUGUGCUUUCAGUGUAGAAUUUUUAAAUGUUGACAACUGAUGAAUUUGACCCAACAUGGUGAAGUUUAUUUAAAAAAUAAUCUAAUGCCUCUGCCACAAUUACACCUGUCAUAUUAGUUCAAACCAAAUAAACAUAAACCAAACAUGACGAUCAUGACAUUUGACAACAUUGUUUUUUUUUUCUCAUAGGCCUUAAAUUAAAGACAAAAUCUGAUAAAGACAGCACCUCUAAUACCAGCCUACUAUUAGUUUAUGUUUUUCUCCAAUAACAGCAAUGAUUAGGGGGUGUUCCCCACUCUUACCGAGUUGCAAUAACUGCGCACAGAGUAGCUGCACUUGCACGGUAAUGAUAUUGACUCAAUCUGGAAGUCUGGAAUUGAUACUACCAAAGUUUACGCUGUCUACAUUUUAAAGCAAUUUUUUGGGGGCUUUGUUACUGUUUCUGAAAUAAUUGCCAGGCAUGUUCUGUAAUUUUAGCCACCAAUGGCUAUGAUGAUGAUUUAUGAUUUAUGGCUAUUCUUUUUUAGGUCUUACACAGUGUAAUCUGAAAAACUGAAUCUGUCGUGCUGAAUGUGUCAACUCGUACAAGUCUAGCGUUUUUAUGUCAGCAUAACACUGACAUGACCGUGUUGAACCAAUAAAAUGUGUGCUUCUGCACAGUUUUUUUGUUACUGAAAGCAGAUAUUGCAUUCUACUUACACAUUUUCGUGCAAUGCACAAACUAUCACAAUUAUCUGAAAAUAAUCCUUACAGUCAAAUAAUAUUGCAGCUUAUUCAACAUCAUGGUUGCUGUUGUGCAAAAUAAUAUGGGGAGAGUACUACCCAGCAAUCUGCUGUAUCUUCUAGUGUGCUUUGACUAUUCCAAAAAAAAAAAAAAGAUAAUCUUCCAAUUUAAUGUGGCUUCAAAUGUGGCAUACAUUUAACUUGUUGUGAUGGGUCCGAUUUAUUCAGCUGAUUGAAAAAGUCUUUCCUUGCCCCAUGUAGCUUGAGGUAUUUGUGAGAAGGGCAUUUCAGCAGUCUUCAUUUGGGGUAAAUCAAUGCCUGUUAAAUGAAAGACAACGUGAUGUAAGCCAACUAGACGUUUGACAGGAAUUAACAAAGAUCAUUUGUAAACAUGUUUUAGGUCUCUCCUUUUGUGUUUGGAUAGUUCAACCAGACACCGGUUUAAAGGAAAGCACAAGGAUGGAGGUAAUAUGUUUGAUAGGUAACCGACUGCACUGAUCAUGUCUUGUUUGAGUUUUACUGUUUGUGAUGUAGCAUUUUUAUUUUCUGUGAACCAAAAUGUACUACUGUAAAUACAUGUACCUGUAGCCCAGUUGAGCGCACUGGCCAAAUCAUUUUUCUUCUUGCUUUUCUACUGAACAUCUGAUCGUGGACUUUACCACCUGAAUGCAAGUCAAAAAGACUUAACAUGAAGAAUCUUGUGUAAAACAGAUGGCAUGUUUGUACUGUUUUGGUAGCUGUGAAUUGUCUUUGGUUUUAUAUUUUUGUAAGGGGCUUGAGCAAAACUACUGACUUUUUAAAACAUGUAUCCAUUCUUUGUAGUCAAUGCAGCAAUUACACAAGCAGUGUCUUCAACAGCGUCAUCGUAGUUUUAAUUUUGAAAUUGACCAUUGUUGGAGGUUGUUAUAUAUUUUUUCUGCGUGUGUGCGCACAUGUAAAUGUCAGCCUAAUAAAAACUAAACAUAACUAGUGUUUCUCACACACUUGUUUUCAGUCGCAAGUUAACUUCAUGGUUCACAGGGAAUUGGUCUCUAUUAUAUGUAUCCAUACCCCUUUGUGUGAGAGGGUUUUGGGGUAGCCUACUUAAAGGGACACUUCACCGAUUAGCAUUAAGCUUUGUAUCUUUAGAAAACCAGUCAUGUUUUUGAAUGGUCGUGCAUCAUUCCCUCAGUUUGCCUUGAGAUGGGAGAAAUACGGAUUUCAAUGUUGGACUUCCCGCUUUACAAUGAUGUAAAAAUCAUCAUUUUACAUCAUUGAAAGCAGGAAGUCCUAUUCAUGGGUUUCAUUGAAAUCUGUAUUUCUCCCAUCUCAAGGCAAACUGAGAGAAUGAAGCAUGACCAUUCAAAAACAUGACUGGUUUCCUAAAGAUACAAACCUUAAUGCUAAUCGGUGAAGUGUCCCUUAAAAUCGAUGGUGUUUGACAGAAAACAAUAGAAUGGGAUACGAAAAUACAGUUGACAUUAUUUUAUAUUACAUUCUCCUAUACUCAUUUUAAAUGAUCUAGAAAAAAGCAGUAUUUGAAAAGUGGAUGCUAUUUUUUCCUCAGGUAAUUGCCUUAAUAAAUGAGAUGUUUGGGAUUUAUGUUUGACAUUUUUUUUGCAAUGGUGCAACUGUUUAUAAAACAGUUGUAAUCCGCACUGUUGAAUUUAUUUAAAACAUUGUCAACUGGUAUCUCUCUGAAUCCCCUGGUGUACUAAAUGUUUCACAUUGAACGAAAUGUACUAUAGAAUACUGAUUGCUCUUGUUCAUGAAAUAGAUUUAGCAAUAAAACUGUGCAUUUAA